AUGAUGAACCCAACAAAAAGUAACAAGACCUUUAUGGCUUAUUUUGUCCUGUUCGUUUGGGGUUUUGUUUUGAUGGGGUUUGGUUUAGAACAAAACCAAACUAGUGAAAUCAAAGUAGGAGUAGUGCUUGAUCUCCAAACAUCAUUUUCGAAGAUCUGCCUCACUUCCAUUAACAUAUCGUUGUCCGAUUUCUACAAAGUUCAUGCUGAUUAUACCACAAGACUUGCGAUUCACGUCAGAGAUUCAAUGGAAGAUGUUGUUCAGGCUUCCGCAGCAGCCUUGGACCUAAUCAAGAACGAAAAAGUGAGCGCCAUCAUCGGACCAAGAAGCUCUAUGCAAGCCGAUUUUAUGAUCAGGCUGGCCGAAAAAUCUCAAGUACCCACUGUCACAUUUUCAGCGACAUGCCCUUUGCUGACAUCCAUCAACAGCCCUUACUUUAUCCGAGCCACUUCUAAUGACUUAUCCCAAGUCAAAGCCAUUGCGGCCAUUGUCAAAUCCUUCGAGUGGAGAAGCGUCGUUGCUAUUUAUGUGGACAACGAAUUUGGAGAAGGAAUUAUGCCCUACUUGGCUGAUGCUUUACAAGACGUGCAAGCUUGUGUAGUCCAUAGAAGUUUGAUCCCUCAGGAGGCCAAUGAUGAUCAGAUUCUCAAGGAGCUUUAUAAGCUAAUGACAAUGCAGACGAGGGUAUUCGUUGUCCACAUGGAACCAAGUCUCGGUUUUCGGUUUUUCCAGAAAGCUAGAGAGAUCAACAUGAUGAAGGAAGGAUAUGUAUGGUUAUUGACAGAUGGAAUGAUGAAUUUGAUGAGAUCUAACGAACAUGGUAGCAGCUUGGAGAAUAUGCAAGGGGUGUUGGGUGUGAGGAGCCAUAUCCCCAUAUCGCAAGAGCUUGAAGAUUUCAGAUUGAGAUGGAAGAAAAAGUUGGAGAAGGAGAAUCUAUUGAUGGGGGAUGAUACAGAGCUGAACGUUUAUGCGUUAUGGGCAUAUGAUUCUAUCACUGCAUUGGCCAUGGCCGUGGAGAAAACCAACAUAAAGAACUUGUCGUAUGAUAAGACUAGCGCCUCGUCAAAUGACAAGACAGAUUUGGGGACAUUAGGGGUCUCUCGCUACGGUAAAAGUCUUAUAAAGGCUUUGUCAAAUGUAAGAUUCAAGGGCUUAGCAGGAGAGUUUAAACUCAUUAACAGACAGCUCGAGUCAUCUGCGUUUGAGAUCACCAAUAUUAUUGGAGAUAAGGAGAGAAUCAUCGGAUUCUGGAGACCAAGCACUGGACUUGUGAAUGCAAAGUCAAACAACACCAAGUUGUUUACAAGGGAGAGAUUCGGGCCAGUGAUAUGGCCCGGAAACUCGACAGUUGUUCCUAAAGGAUGGGAAAUUCCAACAAACGGGAAGAAACUUAUAGUAGGCGUGCCGGUGAAGAAAGGCUUCUUAAAUUUUGUGGACGCAAAGAUAGAUCCGAUCAGUAACGCAACAAUUGUAACGGGUUACUGUAUAGAUGUCUUCGAAGCUGCUCUUAAAAUGUUGCCUUACUCAGUCAUUCCAAAAUACGUUGCUUUCGACUCUCCACAUGAGUACGAUGAUUUGGUAUACCAAGUCUAUACCGGGAGGUUUGACGCAGUUGUGGGAGAUGUAACCAUCAUAGCAAACAGGUCAUUGUAUGUUGAUUUCACAUUACCGUACACAGAGUCUGGGGUGUCUAUGAUGGUGCCGCUCAAGGACAACAAGAACAAGAACACAUGGGUGUUCCUCAAACCUUGGAGCUUAGACCUAUGGGUCACCACGGCUUGCUUUUUCGUAUUCAUUGGGUUUAUUGUGUGGAUUUUAGAACACAGAGUUAACACCGACUUUCGUGGACCGCCUCACUACCAGAUCGGCACUAGUUUCUGGUUUUCAUUCUCCACUAUGAACUUUGCCCACCGUGAGAAGGUUGUGAGCAAUUUAGCGAGGUUUGUGGUGAUUGUAUGGUGCUUCGUAGUACUUGUGCUGAUUCAGAGCUACACAGCAAAUCUCACCUCUUUCCUCACGGUACAACGGUUCCAAUCAGAGGUCACAAAUUGGACUGAUCUCAUAAAAUUCAAUGAAUCUGUUGGGUACCAGCAUGGGACUUUCGUGCUUGAACUUUUGAAGAAACAAAGAUUUCAUGAGUCUCAGCUCAAGGCUUUUGGUUCCGCCGAAGAAUGUAACGAGCUUUUUUCCAAUGGGACAAUUGCAGCAUCUUUUGACGAAGUGGCCUAUCUUAAAGUUAUCCGUUCUCAGAACUGCUCCAAGUAUGCCAUGGUUGAACCCUACUUUAAGACUGGUGGUUUUGGCUUUGUAUUCCCCAAGAAUUCACCUUUGACGGAUGAUGUCUCAAGAGCGAUCUUGAAUGUGACGCAAGGCGAUGAAAUGCAACACAUCGAGGAUAAAUGGUUCAAGAGAAAUAGUGAUUGUCCUGAUCCAAACACUUCUCUUUCGUCCAACCAUCUCAGCCUUAGUAACUUGUGGGGUCUGUUUCUAAUAGCAGGCCUUGCUUCGACCUUGGCACUUCUCAUAUUCGUGGCCAACUUCUUGUAUGAACACAGGCACACGCUAUUUCAAGACUCUGGAAAUUCCAUCUGGAGAAGGUCAAUGUCUUUGCUUAGAAUCUUUGAUGAGAAAGACAUAUCGUCGCAUACAUUCAAGAACAAUGUCGUUCAUAAUGUGAGUUCACCUAUUACACAAGGCACUCCAAGCCCUUCAACCAUGCAGAUCACACCAUCAGGUCCAUCACCACUAAGCCAGUCACAAAAUAAGGAGUUUGAGUUAAGAAGAGUGUCGUUCAACCCGAGCGGGGAACUCAUCCAUCGGCAGCCAGAACAAGAUAAAGAUGAGGAAUCUGAUAUUCACUGUGAAGGUGUAUAAUAGAGAGAAGUUGCAAAAGUGAAUAACAAGAUAAAGAUAGAAGUUGCAAAACAAUAAUAUUGCUUUUGUUGUUUUCAGUUUAAAGUAAUCAUGGUUAUCAUCUUGUAUUCAGCACAAUCGAAACUUUUAAAAUAUAUAUAGUACAAGACCCCAUAA